AUGCUGGGCAGUGUGGCUGCCAGUGCCUUUAUCCAUCCACCGUUGCAGAAUGAUGCGGCUUCGACACCACAGAUGGGGUGGAAUACAUAUAACCACUACUCAUGUUCUCCAAAUGAAAGCAUUGUCUACUCAAACGCCAAAGCCUUGGUUGAUCUAGACCACGAAGCACAGGAUGCACAAACAUUUGCAUCAUGGAAUAUCGACUCUCUGAAAUAUGAUAACUGCUACUCCGACGCCGCCAGUAAUUAUCCCGACGUCAACUACGCACCCAGUACCUCUCCGGAGCCCCGGUACGCAAACAUGUCAGAUGCCCUGCUUCAACAGAACCGGACCAUCCUUUUCCAGAUCUGCGAAUGGGGAAUCAGCUUCCCCGCGCAGUGGGCUCCGUCCAUUGGUAACUCCCGGCGCAUCGGCAACGACAUCAUCCUCGACUGGCGGACUAUCUUCCGAAUUAUAGAUCAGGCUGCUCCACAGGCAGACUUCGCAGGGCAGGGAACACACUUCUCGCUCUGGGCAAUUCUCAAAAGCCCGCUCAUCAUCGGUGCGGCCCUGAAGGACGAACUGACCUCGAUCAACGACGCAUCCCUGGAUAUUCCCAAGCAGACAGAUGUCAUUUCAUUCAACCAGGAUUCUCUGGGCGAAAGCGCGAGCCUCCGCAAACGCUGGACUGAAGAAGCAUACGAAAACAAGAGUAGAGAGCUUACCUUGGAUCUACCGGACAUCGGACUCCAGUGUGCGAGUAGCCUCAACAACAUCUGGGACGACAGUACGGGGCAAGACGUGCGCACCUCAUACACAGCCACCGUAGCCGGCCACGGCACAGGGAUUCUUGAGUUGCAGAACACCACUGCGUCUGGAAUAUACUCGACUGCCAUCUUUGGAUCCCCAUCUGGGACAACCACAACCUUCGAACCGAUCUACGCCAUCACUACGAGUGACAAAUACGCUCUCACCGUCUACUUCGCAGAGUCCGUAUCCUCCACAACGAUAAUCACGGUCGAAUCCAGCGCCAGCAACACUACGACAUCCCCAAAAGUCCCCUUCUCUGCGACCCAGGCCUCAACGACCACCCCCCUCACCGCCGGCUCCAACACCAUCACCAUCGACUCCUCCCUAUCAAUCAGCAGUAUCCAAGUGACAGCCCCAAAUGGAACAUACUACCCCAGCACGAUCGGGCACAUCAGUCCCAGCGGCUCCGCCAAAGCGACCAUCUCCGCCACCUCCAGCGGAAGCAAAUAUCUCGCCAUCGACUACAUCAAAAACGACGUCGCGUUUGAGUCCUCCUGGGGCUGGGGCUCAAACUCCCGGAAUCUAACGGUCACGGUGAAUAGCGAGGAUCCGGUGAGACUCGAGGUCCCGUUGAGCGGAAGGCAUAUGUAG